CUAACUUUCUCGCUCGCCUCUCUUUUGGUGUGUGAAUUACACGCCAGCCAUGGUUGAUUCUCAAUGCAUCACCAACUAGUCUACCGUUCUUAUGCGGGCCCGGGCCGUCAACGCUGAAUUCCGAAUGAUUAAUGCUGCGACGGAGUGUGUUUGGCGGCAGCCGUCGCAGCACAGCGACACGUAACAUGCAAAAUCGCUGGAGGAGAAAAGGCGAAACGAUUUCCGUUUCUGGCGCGAGCGAGGCCUUCGUGUCAGCCAUGCAGCGCUUCUUCCGGUCCGAUGGAUCGUUACACCGCCCGCUCCGUUUACAUUGUUGUACCACUAAGGUGCUUGUCGCUCUUCUCCUGCUGCUCGGCCCGGCUCUCUCUGCUUCACAAACAACCAAGCGGCAAGAGUCGCCUAAUGCGACCGCCGAUCAGUCGCGUGGCAGUGUCAACAAUAGCGCCUCAUCCUCUUCGACGUCGAAAGCCUCCAAGGCGCCGAAGCUCACCCCAUUCAACUUCACGCUCUACCAUUCCAGUGAUGAGUUGCUUCGUGAGAUACAAUCUCUGGCCGCCCGGCAUCCCCAUGCUGCAGAGCUUAAGGAGAUAACCAUCCAAUCUUCCGGCGGUUACAGAUCAACCCUCACUGCGGUUACGCUACACUGUUCACGCAUCCCACUACCUCGUUCCGAGGCUGACAACAGGCCCACAGGCUCGGAUGGAAGCUCGGGCCAAACCUCCAAUUCAGGCCUGGAAGGUGGUGGAGGAAGCUCAGAAGGAGGGCGUGUGACUAUGGAGAGGGGAAACAGGAAGCAGUGGAUGAGGGAUGGGUCGAGUAGCAAGCACAGGCGGCUCAUUAGCAGCAGCAGCGGCACCGUCAGCAGCAACAGCAGCAACAGGAGCGCUCCUGGUGCCAGGGAGGGCGAUACUCGUGAUGACAGGGAAAUGAAGGAGAUUAGAGCGACUAGAAGUCACGGUGGCUCUGCUGCUCGGCCAGCAGGCAGCAGAAGCUCGAGAAGUAGGAGCAUGGAAUUGGGGUCAGAAGCCGAUUCUGGACCACGCCUAGGCAGAGUGGUGCCGCGGUGGGGUUGGAGGCUGCAGAGUGCUAUUGAGCACGUUUUUUCCUCUGCACAUAGCGCUGCUGCUGCCACUGCUGGUGGUGGUGGUGGUGGUGGUGGUGCUGGUGGUGGUGGUGCUGCUGGUGGUGGUGGUGGUGGUGCUGCUGCUGCUGCUGCUGCUGCUGCUGCUGCUGCUGCUGCUGGUGGUGGUACUGGUGGUGGUGGUGGUGGUGGUGGUGGUGGUGGUGGUGGUGGUGGUGGUGGUGGUGGUGGAGGAGGAGUGAGGCGGAUACGGUGGGCUGUCAGCAAGCACGAUGAGAAGGACGAGGACAUGACGAGCCAGGGGCAAGCACUAGGGCAUUCCUACCCCCAGGGGAUUAUGGAGUCACCGGAGGCACUGCAUUCGGCGCCAGUACAUCCCACAACAACCCUGCCAUCAUCGUUGGGAUCGUUCCCAUCCUCGCUAUCAGCUUCCUCACAUCAGACGAGUGUAUCAGCACCACCAGUAGGCUGGACAAACCUUACAGCAGCCCGACACUCAGAUGUCUCCAGAACCUCCUCGCUCAGGCAAGGCCUGCGCAGGGUUCAAGGCACGCCUUCACCUCUUCCUCGAGCUGCUGUGAAGCAAGAGCCCUCGCUGAGGAGACAAUUGCACAGCGUUCAAGAUGUCUCCAGGACCUCCUCGCUCAGGCGAAUGCUGCGCAGCGUUCAAGGCACGCCUUCCCCUCUUCCUGGCGCCUCUGUGAAGCAUGACCCGUCGACAGCGGCUGCUGCCACACAAGAGGGCAAGGGCACAGGCAUGAUUGGCAAUGCUGCUGGGGGAGCUGCUAGAGGAGGAGAGGAUGCAGCAGAUGGCGAUGGUGCGUUCACCGGCUUUGGUGGCGGUGCAGGCUAUCUUGAGAGGAGUGGAGGUCGCAGUAACGCGUCGUGCAGCAGUGCGGCUAGCAUCCCUGGCUUCUCCACUGACCUUCCUUCUGAGCUGUCCGGGAAGCUGCGCGUUCUCCUCGUGUUUGGGCAGCACGGCAGGGAGGCCAUUACUACAGAACUCGGCUUUAACUUGCUGAGGAUCCUAGUGGGGGAGAGGGAGUUAGUUGAGAGAGGAGAGAAGCAGGAGAGGGCGGAGGGAAACAAGGGUGGAAUAAGCUGGGAGCAACUUGCACUGAUCUGGCCGCACCUUGUCAUCACGAUUGUGCCCAUGGAGAAUGUGAAUGGGAGGAAGAAGGUGGAAGCGGGUCAGCUCUGUGAAAGACGAAACGGUCGUGGCGUGGACAUCAACAGGAACUGGGAUUGCGACUGGGGAGUGAAGGAACAGGACUACAACCCUCUAGAGGAGGCCCCUGGCGCCCGUGCGUUCAGCGAGCCAGAGACAGAGGCGAUGAGGCAACUGGCCGUGUGGUUUCGCCCCCAUGUGUGGGUGAACGUGCAUUCGGGCAUGGAGGCGCUUUUCACACCGCUUGACCACCGGGGGGACGGUGUUGAUGCUGCCACGCUGGCUGCCAUGCACUCCCUCUUGGAGCGCCUAGACGCAGCACACUGUGGGGGUCGCUGUGUCAUCGGCUCUGGUGGGGGCUUCGUGGGGUACUUCGCCCACGGCACGGCCACUGAUUGGAUGUACGACGUGCUGCAAGUGCCGCUUGUUUUCACAUUUGAGACGUUUGGCGACGAGAGCUUUCCGACUACUGAUUGCUUCCCGCUCUUCAAUCCAAUCACUGCUGAAAAGUUCCAGGAAGUGGUCAACUCAUGGACAGCGCUUUUCGUUUCAUUCCUCACUCUCCUCCCGGAUACCCUCAACAAGAUCCCUCACCGCAUGCUGCCUCCUUUCAACUUCUCUCUCCCCCCACCUCCGCCAAUAGCAUCAUCACCUCCUGGACUUCCCCUUCACACUACCACUCACAUGCGCCCGCAUCUCAUAUUGCUCUCACACCUGCAGGUGCCACUGCCUCAUCUGCACUUUCUGUUGCCGCUUGUCCUUCUUUUAGGCGUCUCUGCCAUAGUUCCACGGCUGUUUGCUGUUGCUGUGAGAUCUGAACACACGAGGAGGCGUAUAAUGCGUCGACUGCUACGCAGGCAAUGAUAUUUAGUAUUGACAGUGGAAAUGUUUUCAGUGGUUGAGUAGUAUGCAUCAGUUACGGUACCAUACCAGU